AUGGCUGAAGCAGCUCCUGAUACAGAUGAAAACUACAGUAAAUCUGCUGCAUCUUCCAGAGGAAGAAUACUGGUACUCUCAAAUACAUUAAACCCCUCCAAAGGCAUACACAUAAGAGUGUACAAGCAAUCCAAGAUACAAGAAGAGGUUCUACCCCUUCUACUAGCUGACCCACCUCAAAGCAUUAUUGUCCAGAGUCGAAGUGGAACUGGUAACACAGUUGCUUUUGUUUUGGCAAUGUUAGCCAGGGUGGAUGCAUCAAGGCAUUACCCUCAAAUGCUUUGCCUCUCCCCUACUGAAGAAUCAGCUCAGCAAACUGCUAGGGCCUUGCAGCAAAUGACACAAAACUCUCCUGAAAUUCAAAUGAAACUUGUAGUUUUUGGAUCAAAGAGAACCUCAGAGAGAAGUGUUAUUCACUCAUUGCUUAUGAUUUCCACUUUAGGUAAUCAGAGAAUCACUGAGCACAUAAUCAUUGGUACUGCUGGUACUAUACUUGAUUGUGCUGUCAGGUAUCGUGUUUUUGAUCCUAAACUGAUCAACAUGUUUGUACUUGAUGAAGCAGAUAUCAUGAUUGACACUCAAGGACAGCAGGACCAGGCAAUCAGACUGCGCAAAUUAUUAAGGACUGAUUGUCAACACGUCUUGUUCAGUGUAACAUGCAGUAAAGAGGUGAUGUCCUUUGCCAAUAAAAUAAUUCUUGACCCUGAUGUUAUUCGUUUGAGACGUUUAGAGGAAAGCCUUGAUAAUAUAAAGCAGUACUAUGUUCAGUGCCGGGCUGGUGAUGAAGAGAAAUUUGCUGCCUUGACUAACAUUUAUGGCGUCCUAACUAUUGGCCAAUGUAUUGUAUCCUGUUGUACAAGUGGAUCAGCUAUUUGGCUUGCAGAUAAAAUGAAGGAAGAGGGACAUGCCGUAGCUCUAUUGACCAACAGGUCAAGUAUUCAACAAAGGAAUGAUGUAUUGAACAGGCUUAGAAAAGGACAGGAAAGAAUCUUGAUCACAACUCUUAAAGAUGUCGAUAUUGACCAAUUGACACUAGUGGUCAAUUGGGAUAUUCCAGUGGAUUUUAACAAUGAGCCAGACUGCCAGACGUACCUCCACAGGAUUUGGAGGCCUGGAAGAUUUGCACAAUCUGGUCUCACAAUAUGUUUUGUUGAUAGUCAAGAAGCCUAUGAUAAUAUGAUGAGGAUACAGAAUCACUUCAAGAGGAUUAUCAGUGAGCUUAAUACUGAUGACCCUGAUAAAAUUGGGAAGUUACAAAAUUAA